AGGAUGAAGGCAAAAACGAAAAUAGCUGGAAGGAAUCAGCAGGUUUGGCAGCGUCUGUGGAGAGGAACACAGUUAACGUUUCGAGUCCUCAUGACCCUUCAACAGAACUGCCAGACUUACUGAGUCUUUCCAGGUAUUUUUGUUUUUGCCUUCAUCCCUGUGCUCUAUCCGCACUGUUUUUGUUUUGGAUUUCCAGCAUCCAGUUUUUUUUGUUUUUAUCACAGGGAAGAAGGAUUCGGGUUGAAAAUCCAGCGGGAUAUUCAAUGGGAAGGAUUUGCAGACCGGGAACCUCAAACCAAACAUUGUAUCAACAUCUGACAGUCACUCGGUUCUUCAGGACCUGGAUAUUAUCGGACUUUGACUGUGGAAGGAAAAAGAACCUGGAGGUCUUGUACCCAGCAUUCCUAUCGGUGGAGAAUGUCCCAAUCUUCAUGACAAGGGAGAAGUGCGCAUGUGCAGUUCAUUGCACAGUUCGGAGCAUGCGCAGUGCGGGUGAUGGCGAUGUGCGGAUGAUUGUUUGUUUCUCUCUAUAGCCGAGAAUUAGAAGGGGAGGAUUUGCCGCCAGAAAACUCAAACCAAACAUCACGUCAAGAUCUCACAGAGUCACUUAAUUCGUCGGAAUUUGAAUGUGGAAGGAGAAAUGCUUGUCUGUCCUGUCUGUAGGAAAAGAUUUCAAACAUCAGUGUAACUAGAAAAGCACUGAGACACACACGCACAUCCCCCCCCCCACCGCCCCAAGUGAGAGUGUUCCUGUGCACUGACUGUGGAAAGUACUUUAACUAGUUACACAGCCUGAAAAAAAACAUUCACAGCGGGGAGAAACUGUACCUGUGUUCUGUUUGUGGACAAGGAUUAAACUGAACAUCCAAUCUGGAGAGACAGAUGCACCAUGGAGAAACCAUGGAAAUGUGGGGACUGUGGGAAGGGAUUCAGUUACCCAUCCAAGCUGGAAAACCAUCGACGCAGUCACACUGAGGAGAGACCGUUCACCUGCUCCGAGUGUGGGAAGGGAUUCAUUCAGUCAUCCCAACUACUAACACACAAGCGGUUUCACACCGGAGAGACACGGUUCAUCUGCUCUGAAUGUGGGAAGGGAUUCACUCAGUCGUCUGACCUGCUGAGACACCAGCGAGUUCACAUUGGAGAGAGGCCAUUCACCUGCUCUGAGUGUGGAAAGGGAUUCAUUCAGUCAGCCAAUCUCCUGAGACACCAGCGGGUUCACACUGGAGAGAGGCCAUUCACUUGCUCCGAGUGUGGGAAGGGAUUCACUCGGUCAUCCCAGCUGCUAACACACCAGCGGCUUCACACUGGGGAGAGGCCAUUCACCUGCACUGUAUGUGGGAAAGGAUUCACUGGGUCCUCUGACCUGCUGAAACACCAGCGAAUUCACACUGAGGAGAGACCAUUCAGCUGUACUUCCUGUGGAAAGAGAUUCAGGUCUUCAUUUAACCUCAAAGUACACCAGCGAAUUCACACUGGAGAGAGGCCAUUCACCUGCUCCAAGUGCGGGAAGAAAUUCACUCAAUUAUCCCACCUGCUGACACACCAGCGAGUUCACAAGUGACUGCAGGGGAUGAAUUCUGCUGUUAAGCACAUCCAGGACUGAACCAUGUUCAUUCUGAUAUUUGGGGGAUUGUUUUUGCUGAUGUUAAUAAUCCCUGUAACUGGGCUGGUGUUUGAUAUUCUGGAUCUAUAGCUGAAUGUGUUCUCAGGCUGCAGUGUCCUUUUAAGAACCGCUGUAUCUGGUCUUUCCCCAUAAUUCAGGAACUCUCAUCGGAAAUUAGUUUACAACAAGAUUCCGAACUUUACUUUAAUAUUAAACCAGUAUUUGGGAUGAACUCUGCAAUUCAGUGUCUGAGAGAUUCCACUGAUUAAA